UCCGGGUCGGCCCUGCGUCUGCCACCUCCGCGCGCUCUCCCGCAUUUCCACGACGUUUGGGGCGCGUGCAGCUUUAACUGUACGGCCGGGUGGAUGUCCACGCGUUACGCACACCCAGCAGGCAGGUCUCACAUCCUGGCACUUUCUCGUUGUCAAGGCAGCGCUAGAAAGGAAGGCUGGCUGGGGAAGUUGCUGCAGUGUCCUGACAGUAAAAAAAAUGUCCACACGUUCCAAAGUGUCCUGCAAAGUUAGAUUUAACUACCCAGCUUUGAAAAUCUAACACUUCAGGUGGCUUUCAGUGGAAAAAACUUGAGAAAUAUAACAAGAGCUAUGGGUAAGAAUACAUUAUCAUCAUUGCUUAUGUAAGUAAAAGGAGUGAAGAGUGGAGAUGCCAUCCCUAACUGCAACACUCAAAGCAGAGAUGACUCAAAAUAAUAACUUUUGUUAUUAAGCCAUAUGCAUCAGGAUGACAACCUGUGAGAAAAAUAAGAGAUCAAACCUGAAAUGGGAAACAGCUAUGUUGUACGGAGUUUUUUACUUUGUGCUAAUAAUUCAGUGAUGUCUUGAAUUGUUACAAAUAAUUAAGUCACUUUAAAUGAUCAUCUAAAAUUUUUGCAUGGUUUGGAAUAAUUUGUAAAAAGACACAGGAUUACAUAGAAGAUGCAGUGCCUUCAGGAUCAGGAAGGCUUGGUUUACGACAAGGAUCACAGACGCUGUUCUGCCAUGCAGUUUGAUGAUGAAAUUUUAGCGAAGAAACGUGAAUAUUGGCGGAUGAAAAAGAGGGAGCAACGGGCAAAGCUGUCUGCUGCUAAGAGAAGUUCAUAUAAAGUUGGAGAUGAGACAAGGACAAGUAAAAACAUUUUGUCUAGUAUCAAUGCUGAGCAAUAUGUGAACUCUUCAUUUUGCAGUUUUGUUGAAGAUGAUGAUAGUGUGAUGAUUAUAACUUCCCAGGUAGCUAGCAGUUCACAGACUUCAGUGUUAGAUGCAAAUAAUUGCUUGCUGAAUGUAGAUGGCUCAUACUCUGAUGCAGAUGUUAAUCAAGAAUUUGACAAUGCAGUUAAAAAGUUCGGUUGCAUAAGCUAUCCCCUAAAUAGUACUGUAAAUACUGUAACUGAUGUUUACCCUUCCCAUACACAACAUUGCUUGAGGGAAGUCUCCAAUCCAGAAGCACAAAUAUCUACUAUUGAUUUGACAGCUUCCGAGACAGCUGAUCCUCCUGAUGAUAAUCUUUAUGAUGGUCCUGAAAACACUGAUUCCAAUAAUCAGAACUGUGCUUUUAAAAAUUUACACAAUUUUAAAGGCUCUGUUUCAGCUCUUCCAAGUAACACAUGCCCUCAAAGACCAAAUUCAAUUGAUAAAAGCCCAUACCAAGCAAAUAAAAAUUCUGAACUCUUGGCAAGUAAACCCCACCAGGAUCACUUAUCUGACAAAGAUGUUUUUAAGUCUUCUUCCGUUUGUACUGAAGAUUUAGUUUCAGAGUCCCAUUGUUCUGAUGAACAACAGGAAGCUGGUCAUCUCAACAUUUUGCCAUUUUCUCUUUCACAGCCAGCUUCAGUGUCAUCGGCAGUUUCUAAGGAGUCAUACAGAUGCAAAGAGGGACUUUGCUUGCCUCAGCAGAAUCAAAGGUGGUUUCAGAGGUUAAAACUUAAUAAAGUCUUGCCACAUCCAAGCAACAAUAAAGGUUCCUCCAGGCUCGGUAUGAAAGGCAAUACAAAGAGAGAUUUGAAAUUACAGCGUAAUAUAAGCAAAAGUAAAAAUGGCCGUUGGAUGCCACAGGAGACUGGCAACAUUCAUUUAGGUGGAAAAGAACCCAUAGAAAUAAACUGUGUAAAGAAAAGUCAAACUGUUACCUUCAGAGAUGAUUAUCCCAUAUCUCCUCAGUCAGUUGAAUCCCUUUUAGAUGAAUGCUGUGACACAGCUGUGUCCCAUUCAGAUACAAGAGAACAAAUCCCAAAUUCCAUUUACUCUACAACAGAAACAGAAGAUAAGGAUAUAAUUUUGAAUGAAAAUUCAUGUAAUACACAAUCCAUUCAUCUCACAGAUACUGACUCGGACACGCAAAACUGCCAUAAUAAACUUCCUGUUCCGUUAAUGUUAACCACUAGAAUACAAAAACAAAAGCCAAGUUAUAUCCUUGAGGAAAAGAACCCUGUUGCUGUCUCUAGGUAUAACUCUGCUGAUCAUUUUGCUAAUCAAAGACAGGUGGGGAGCUCUACAACAUCUGAAAAUAAAAAACAUAAUGCACCUGGGAGACAAAAAAGAAACCGAUUUUUGAACUCCAGCAAUCUCUGUAUUCAAAAUGUUCUUGACUUGGAGGAGGAGAAGGCAGCCAAGCGUAGAGAAUACUGGCGUAUGAAGAAGCGUGAACAAAGAGCCAAACUUACAGCUGAGGAUAAGGAAAGAAUUAAAAGGAGAGAUGCACAGUUGCAGAAGGCAAAACGCUUACUAUCCAGAGUUGACGGCCAAACAAGUGAAAAAGUCAGCCAGGUUGCAUCUCCUAGGAGCCACAGAUAUAAUGGACGUAGGGAAAGAAUUAUUUCUCAGUCCUAUGCUGUUGUCAGUCAUGUUGACACAAUGCAGAGUUCAGUGGAACCUUCUCACAUUAUUUCACCAAAGCACUCGGUUAAAAAGGAUUUGUCCAGCUCCAGUUUACAGACAGAAGCACAUCCAUUCCCUGCAGCUACAGACAAACUUAAGGAAGGAGAAAAAUUAGCUGGUAACUUUAAAUGUGAUAUUGUUAUGCCUUAUACUCCCUCUGGUGUAAACUCUUCUUGUUCUGAGAGAGGGGCAAGUAAUUUUACAGAAUCAUUACAAGGUAUAGUUGACCCAGUUAAGGAAUCAUUGUCUGGUGAAAGAAAGUCCAAAUAUUACAAAAGACCAGACAGUUUUAGAAAUAAUUUAUCUAAUGUAAGGAAAUCUAUCCCAUCUCAGAUGCAAAAAGUUUCAGUUUUCAAUCCCAGAUUUAAAGAUGGUAAUGCUGAUCGCUGGAAUACUUUUAGAUCCAGGAUUCACAAAAAGUUACUUGACACACAGCGACUAGGCUGGCAGGAAAACCGAAGAAGAAAAAUGGGUACUGUCAACUAUAGAUCAGACCAGGCAAACCACUUUGAGAUAGGCAGGCAGAGUGUGCAGACUCAGAUAGACCAUGAGAAGAUGGCCAAACGCCGAGAGUAUUGGCGUCUAAAGAAACGCGAACAGAGAGCUAAGCUGACUUCGGAAGCAAAGACUAAAACGAAGGACAGAGCAUCACAGUCUCGCAGAGUGAAGAAGUUUCAGCCAAUGCAAGGAGAAAAGUGCAAUGAACUCAAUGAGGUUGUACAGGUACAUACUGCUGAGACCGUGGUUAUUCAGGAUGAUACCUGUGAAGCAAUUGGGGGCUUUAUUAAAGAAGAUGGCACAAUGAAUUCUGUUGGUGAUAUUUCUCUGCAUUCUUCAGCCUAUAGGUCUACAGCAGUUAAUUCAAACACAUGGAGCAGUAACACUCUCAGAAUAAGCAACUCGAAGUCUUCAAAUUCCCUACAAACUCAAAAGUUUGCAUGUUUGCAAGAAAUGAAUGACUUGAUUAAUGGUGAUAAUUCAAGUAAUCAAAUAAGUUUAGACGCUGUCACAACUAAAAGCCCUGCUCAUUUAUUGCCUUUGCAUUCUUCUAAGUCAACAUAUGCAUCUGUUGAUGAUUCUGUUGCUCCUCUUAACUCUCCAAAUGGUCUUAGCCACCGUGAGAAUGAAAGGAAUAGUAGAAGCCGCCAAGACCUCCUGAAAGAACGACGGACCAACAAGCUGGUUAAAAAAUAUGCAAUUAAAAAUCCACCACAGAUAAAUGUUAGCAUAUUUAGAGGUAAUCUUCAAAGAAAUAACACGGGAGUAAAUUUAGAAGAUGAAAGAUUGGCCAGAAAACGAGAAUACUGGCGAUUAAAAAAGAGAGAGCAGAGAGCAAAGCGUGCAGUUCGAGAGAAGAGGUUCAUGCAGUCCAGACAGACUUUAAAGAUGACCAGAUCUUCAAGUACAAUAUCGGGUAUUGCUGUGGGACUUUUACCAGCUGCAGUUGUAAUUGAUGGAACAUUAAUGAGCCGUUUAGAUCAGAGUAAACCUAAUGCAAAAAACAAGUCUAUCGCAGAAGACAAAAUAAUAUCCAGUAAUCUGAUUGAAUCAAAGGAAUCCAGUGAUGUUUGUUUUGUAAAGGAGUUUAAGACACCAUUGUCUCAUUCAACAGAUCUUGCAUCCUCAGUGCAUGUUAACAAAGCAACAGUUCGCAGUAGUGUGGUGGUCCCUUCAUCAAAGAACUCUGCUCUUGUGCUUGUGGAAAGUGAAAAUCCAACAGAUGUUAAUGUUUCAAGUGAUGAAAUCCCACAGAUUCGGCGAUGGAGGCUUAAGGCACAAAGCAUCAAUGAAAAAGGUAUUCUUCCUCGGCAGAGAGAGGGCCAAAAAGGCAGACUGUUGCAGCAGCAACAGAGUCAAGAUAUUUCUCAGUGGAGGAUAACACGGCACAACUUGAAUAAAAGAUAUUUCUGUCGGCAGCCAAGAAUGGUUAGGGCUGGCAGCACAGCAAUUCAGAUUGAUGAGACUACAAGAUUACGUCGACGGGAGUAUUGGAGGGUAAAAAAGAGAGAACAGAGAGCCAAAAAGGCUGCUCUAGAGAGAGAGAUGAGGACAUUUGAAAAUUCUAGAAAGAUGGAGACCAGUAUCCAGGACCAGGAUGUGAACCUGUACAAGAUGGGAAUAGAAUGCACUCCAGUGGAAAUUGGAAAAAAGCAUGGCAAAUAUCGUAAAGGUCUGAAGAGAACUGAAAACAGUGCAGAAGCUUUACAGAUUCCUUCUCCUGUAGCAGCACUGAAUAUUUCAAACUUUGAAGAAGCUGAAUGGGAAGCAGUUAGUGGUUUGAGUUCACUUAAUGAAAAUAUUAAAAAUGCCCAUCUAAAUGAAACUGGUGAGCUGGGAUUCCCUGAGAAAUUACAGAUUGAAAUUAGAAAAAUCUGUGAGACUGCUAAUGAGAUAGGUUCUGCCAACUAUGCAACCCUUCCACAAAUGUAUCCAGAAAACGAAACAGAGAAACCAAAAGUGGUACAUUUUGGCAUUCAGUCAUCUCAGAAAAACCUGUUACCUUGUGGAAUGCCUGCUGAAAACAGAACUUUGUUAGUAGAAAAUCAAAAUGGUGUCCUGGGUGACAAAUCAAGUUCUCAAGCUGUUCAAAAGUGGUGUGUUGGAGUAGAAGAAACUGAAAAGCAUACUGUUGAAUCAAAAAAGAAAGCUGAUGCUCCAGUUACAUUUUAUCAUCAAGAUGGAAAACUUGAGGAAAAUAUACACUUUUAUCAAGGUUCUCACUGGCAAACACAAAAAAUACAGCAAAGUAAGCAAUCCAAUAUCCGACCUAAUAUACUAAGUGGAACUUCCAAAUUAUCAAGGCAACUUGAUGAGGCUACAUUACUGCGACGACGAGAGUAUUGGAGAAUCAAGAAGCAAGAACAAAGAGCCAAAAUAUCUGCAAAAAUGCGAGAACUGAAGAAGCAAACUGAUGGCGGAGCACAGAUAUGGAGUAAUGCCCUGUCAGCCUCAUAUGGCCAGCAUAUAAAGGGAGAAGAUCAAUGGCAAAUACAUAAACCUAAACACAGCAGCAUCACACACAGAACCCAUAUAGAAGAUGUAGACCAAGAUCUUAAGAUGGAAGCACAUAAUGAUAUCAUAGCUCUGAGACUGGAAGAUGAUGAAAUUGGGAAGCUGCAGUAUGCUAAUAUGGGCAUUGAUGGUGAGGAUUGUUUCCAAAAACAUAACUCAUCGGCGUAUUCUGACAUACUGAGUGAUCCAUUCACAAGUGACUGCAUCCCUAGUACAGAAGAUGAAUGGCGUAAUCUGUUUUUAAUGGACUACAAUCCUCAGACAGACUUGCUAGUUUGUAUGGUGUGUGGUGGAUUGCAGCAUCUACAAAGUCUUGAAAGUGUAAAGAACCAUAUUAUUGAGAGUCAUCCUCACUCCCUUCACUUGAAUGCUGAGGAAAGGCAUAGAAUCCUGAUGUCUUGGGAUGAACAGGUUUCGCAGAGGGAACGCUUCUUCCUAUCACAACUGCAACAAGGCAUUACUCUCAAUUCAACAGAAAAAUCCAAUGUUCCUGCAGAGAUUGAAGUUUUUGUCGAGUCAGAAGAACAGCCAAGCAUCAAGAAGCACAAUACUUUAAAGGGCAACAGGAGAAGCAUGGACCCUCAGGGAAGACAAAAAAGAGUCGAUCAUCGAAAGCAUCCUUGAAGAAAACAAGUCAAGAAAUCUUCAUAAUCCCGUUCUCCUUAUUAUUAAUCCUCCUAGGAACAGAACCAUUUGGCCAAUCAAUAAAAAUGGAAAACAUCUAUAUGUUGAUCAAUUUAUUGGAAAGAAGAUCCAAAACUUUUUCUUUUUGAAAUCACUGCCAGAGUGUAGACAGAGUAUGGAGACAGUGGACCUUGAGCAUUGAGAGGAUGUUCAUAACAUUUCAUUAAAUCCCAGACAAGAGCAUUUUACUUCUGUCAGUUAAGCAUCUGGCCUUCCAUUUCACUGAUCAUGAGCUUCAGUGCUCAAGAUGGUGCCUCAUAAUACAGAUUUUCUGCUAGCUACCCUCCUUUUAAGCUUGCAUCUGGGACCACCCAACACAUUAAGAAACGCAUCUUACCUUGUGUACUAUUGGCUACGAUGUGGACUUGUGAAUGAGUGCAGUCAAAUUUGAAAAUUGAUAACUUGUGGCAUCAUUAUUAUAUUUUUGCUUGUAACAGAAAGAGGUCUUAUUUAUGUCAUAUAGAUUCAUUAGCACCUUUCGUUUUUUUUUAUUUGCUUUUUUAUCAUGCACAAUGUAAAUUAUUUUACUUGUCUUAUAAUGGUGUAGAAAAUUACUCCCAAUAGUUGAAGGUAGACUCAUAAAUAUUUGGAAGGUCUGUUUAUUUCUUUUGCUUGGCACUGUGAAAGGAUGGUGAUCCAGCUGUUAGACCUUGGUGGUUCUGGUCAGCCAAAGUGUAUGUUUUGCUGCCUUGUACUAUCCGAGUCCAAGGUGCUCCACUUUAUGAACGUAUUUUCAUGUGCAUAAGGAGCUUUUGUUUUUCGUCAGACAUGAAAUUUUCUUUGUAGAUCCUGCUCAACUACACAUGUUCCUUACUGAGUUUAUUUUGAUAUAUUUUAAACAUUUUUGUUUUAAUUAUAUAACAAUCAUGUCAAAUACUUGAACCUAUGAAUGUUUUUAUAUAGUUUUUUUUUUCUUUACCUGUGAGAAAUAAACUUAAAUCAUUAUAGAAGCACAAAGUUUUGGGUUAUACAGACAGUGAAUACAAAACAUUGAAUGAACACUUAGCAGAUGAAAUUAACUAUAUAUUUUUAUAAAGGUGUACAAAACCAGCAUUAAUAAAAGCUAUAGAUCCUCCCCCACCAUUAAACAAGUCAAGCUUUUAGUUUUCUAUACUGACAACUAUACUUGGCAUUGGCAAAAAAAUGCUGUUUAAUGUUCUUUAGGAAAGGGAGUAAACUGAAAUGAAAAAAUUGGUUUAAGCACUUAACCAAACUGCAUUGGAGUUUUGACUUAGAUAAAAACAAUUGUGUUAAUGAUGGUUACGUACUAACAAGCCAAAAUGUAUGUGCUAGUGUUUGCCUGUUUAAACUUGUACUGUAGACAGCCAUGACAUCACUGACUUGUUGUUCUGGCGUCAGCUUGUUCCUAAGGUUGAAGAGCAUGCUUGAAGACAAUACAUAUGACCUUGUGUUUGAGGUUUAGGACAGAUGUUGAUAAAUAAGUAACUUUUUGAUAAAAAAUUGUAAUCAAUUGGAACAGGCUGGUAAAUCAUCUUCUUAAAUGUGUUAACAAAUUAUUACUAAAACAUUCCAACUGAGAAGCUUUACUUUUCCCAGGUGUACCUACCUCCCCAUGAUCAAUUUUAUUUUGUUCAAAUUUUGACAUCCCACUGUGCUUAUAAAUUCUAAUGCCAUAAUCUUAUUUCAUAAGAAUUCAUUCAUUUUUUGUUAUUUGUAGUAUUUGGAAUAAACUGUAUUUAUUUCAUGAUUAUCUUUCACUUAAAAGUAUUAUUUAUUUACAUAUAUCUAAGCGAAUGGAGGUAAUAAAAGACUGAAAUUGU